GGGCCAGUUUAAUAUUUGAUAAAAAUUUAGUCUACAUUCAGCCCCUGAUUUGAUAAACUCCUACUACUGAUCCGCCACUGCAUCCCUUUCAAAACUCCCCUGUAUAAAAGCGUCGCGACGUCGAUAGCAGCGGCCCUGAAGAGGUCGUCGUCGCGACGCAUGGUGGAUGAACACUAACGCAAAUAUAGACGGUAUCGAACAGCUGUUGUCCCUUCGAAAAUACUUUUGUUUCGGGUUCGAUGGAGUAUUUUAAGGACCGUUUUUUAUUUAAGUGCCAAAGUUCAAUAAUCUAUAGGGUGGGCGUAAUGGUUUUUCAAUAAAAUAUGUAUGAGCACGUAUAUAAGAAGACAAUGGCGAGCGGCAAGGGAAAAUCGCACAAAUAAAGCACACUUUUGCAAAAGCAUUUUAGCAUUUUUUUCGAAAAUGAGGAGGCAAAGUCAUCAGAAUAGUCAAUCGCAGGCUCAGAGCAGUGACGAUGAGUGCAGUGUGGCGACGUCUAGUCCUGCCCAAAUUCUAGAAAGAGUGCAAUCAGACAAAGUAAUAGUGACAAAACCAGAAGAAGACCGCAGAAGACGUACAAUCAUAGUGGAAAAGAAAAAUGGCAGCUUCGGCUUUACCAUUCAAAGUUACGGCAUCCAUUACAAAAAGGAAAAAGAGAUCGAGAUGAUUACUUAUGUGGAUUAUGUUGAUUAUGAUGGUCCAGCAUAUAGGUCUGGUAUGCGAGAAGGUGACGUCAUUCUCUCAAUCAACGGCACCGACAUGGAAAAAGCCGAUCACAAAACCCUAGUCACUUACAUAAAAAAUUGCGAAGCCAGAAUGCGCAUGGUCGUUCUAUUCGAAGACUGCGUCCGAAAAGUAGAGUUGCACAUGCGCUACAUCAAGCUACAGAACGUCCUGGAAAGCAAGAUGGACGAACUGGAACGGUUGUGCAUCAAAGAGAGACAACUGUUGGAAGGCAAAUGGAAAACGCACAGUCUACCAGCCAGGAAAAAGGCUUCGCAGAGCAACAACAGUGGACCUCCCACUCCACAGGGCUACUAUACGUUUUGUAGGCCUACAGUGUCUACUGAAGAUGUAGCUAAAGUGGCUCAGAACAAGCAACAGUCACCUUUGGUUUUUACUUAUCAGUAUCUUGACAGUGCUUAUCGGUACAUGCUGCAACCGUCGACUAGUUCUAGUGGAGAAUAUUUGCUUACUUUUGAACCUCAGAGAUACGACAGGAACGAUCCAAAUUUCAUAAUCAAAACCCCCUGCGAACCAACCCCACAAAAGCAACCUACAAGAAACCAUCAGCAAACCGCAGAGAAAUCCAAAAAGGGCCACGGACCUUGUCACAGCUACGGCGGACACUUGUGCAACCCUUGCGUCAACGUAAACAACACCAAUAAUGGUGACAAUACAAGCUUGGAAGCCUACGAUUUGGCCAGUCCCUGUUGCGAUCCGCACUGCGUUCCGGCUCGCAGGCGAUCCAGAAGCCAAAAAGACGCAAGAAAACGAGAGUCAAAGACUGAAGAGACACAGACUGAGCCUCAGCAACAAGCGCCAAGACCACGACCGCAUUCCCAAAUAUCUCAAGGCUACGCCUCGGUACCAAGACGGUACUUUCACAUCGGCGCUGGUCUAGUGAGUCAGUGCAGUCUGCAUUCCUGUACUUCUAGUGAGCUGAGCAAUCCAGCGCCUAAUGCGACUGGCGAGAGUAGUGCUAAUAGCUACACAACUUCAUUGAGUACCGAUACACUUUACUGGGACAAUGACAAUGCCUCACGUCAGCUGAGUCAGAAAAGCAAUUCAAGUAAGCAUGAGCAAAGAUACUCUCAGCAACAUUACUCGCAAGAGCCUAUUUAUGUUCAAUACAAUCAAGUGAAGCCAAAAUCUUGGGAUAAUUUAACCACAAAAGCUUUUGGUGGUUACGGUUUCGGUUAUGGUUACUUUGACGCUUCAAAUAGCAAAUGCCAAAAAGCCAGAAGUUCUCAGAAGCCACCUCAAAUGCAAUACGUUCGUGUGGUAGAUAAAAACGCACCUCAGUAUACUCCUCACACUCAGCGUAGAUACUUUCAGCCGACAAAAAGCACUGAAAGUCUUUUGUCGGUACCAAAUAAAUACUCCAACGAGAACCUAACUGAUUCUAGUGCUAGCUGUGAAUGUUUGGACGCUAGCUCUCCAGGACCUGAUAGUGGGGAGAGAUUUUUUCAGCAGAGUCCUCGUCAGAGUGUUUUAAGCCCUACGGAUCCUAAUUUUGGUUACUAUAGCGCCGCCAGGCGAAGUUCUAGGACUGAGGCUAGUAAAAAUCCAGUCUUGACUAGUUCGGAAGCUACUAGAUUGUAAUUUGUAGAGUAUUGGGAUUUUUUUUUGUACACAUUCAGGGCUUUUUGUAAACCUUUUUGGAAAUGUUUCAACGCACAAAUGUUCUAGGUUUCAUUUUUAGUGCCAUUUUGUUAGGAGUGGUGAGCCGUGUUCUUUCAAUCCAUGUCUAGAAUUUUUAAUCAUGUCUGAUUUGAAUAAGGAUUUAAACAUGAUACAAAAAAAGAAGAAACUCAAAUAAUAACAAAAUUAAAUCCAGUGGCUUACCUACCUUUUACUUACCCUAUACUUUUAAUUAUAGUUUCCACAAUCUAAAUGUUAUAAUUGAUAUUGUACAACGAUAAUGAAUGUAUAAUGUAAUGUAAUGUAUUUAUAGAAAUUUUUAAAUAAAAAUUUUGUUACGUUGUUUUAUACAGAGCAUUUUCAAUAUUUACAAAAAUCAACUAGUACAUGUUGUAAUCAGCAUAGUUGCUUUUCGGUCUGAGUACACCCUUAACUUUAGGUGAUCCAGGGGGCGAGUAAUCGGGAUCCGGAAUGAAAGGCGGUGCCACGUUCAAUGGUGGGCUUCUUUGUCCUGCUUGUUUGCCUAUUUUGGCUGUUCUUGCUGGCGGGGUAUAGCUGUAGGGUCUUAUUGGGUCUGCUUCAGGAUAUGGUCG